UUUGAGACAGUCUUUUACAUUGCAGACUUUUCCAGUCCGCCCCUUCCAGAUAACGUGUUUGAAGGAGAUAUCGAGUUAACUAAAGAACAACAAGAAUAUAUCAAAUCUUAUGGAGACGCCAGGGGUACCAAUAGCAGAGCGGCAGGAAGUGAUAAUCGUCUUCGGUGGCCUAACGGGAUCAUACCAUACGAGAUCGACUGCAGUUUGAGUAAGUAAAUACCCGUUGCCAGGUAUUGCACCAGUCGUUGUAAAGAUAUUGAAAAUAUCUCCCAUCUGACUAUUUUUUUCUCCAUUGGUAGUUCUAAUUUUAAAUCUUUAUUGGGUGACAUCCAAAUCAAAGCUGUUCAGCAGCACUUUUUAAUAUGCUGUUUAAUAUGCUAUCUUUUGCAUUUCUGUUUAAACUCAAUGCCAAUACCUAAGCUGUACUCUCGCUUGAUACUUUAAAUGGGAAACAAAUUGUGGCGAACUUCUUGAUAGUUGAUAGCGGUGCCGGUACUCUAUGCUGAAGAGUGAAAAGAUAAUGAGUUGGUGAAAGCCCUCCCGCUAUAUGAAGCAUGUGACCUGGGAAAUAAAUUAAAAGUACCAUAGUCCACGUAAGCAACGUGAGCUUUACCGUUCUCUGCGUGGUCACCCAGGUAGAUUUUAACCUUUUUCUCGAUCUCUAUUUCCUACAGAGAACAUGCCCGACGCUUUGAACGCCAUCAAUUCAGCAAUGAGGGAAUGGGAAAGCAAAACGUGUCUUAGAUUCGUGAAUAGAACAUCUGAGAGAGAUUACCUGUGGUUCUUUCGACAGAAAGGGUGAGUUUGACUGGUUGAUUUCUACUUCAGUGUUGACAGUUGAGUGCCAGCGACAACAUUAAGCCCCCCUCAUUCCUAACUCUGUGCUAAGCUAAUAAAGACUACAGCUAUUAGUUUUUGUUCUCUAGCUCACUUUUAAAUUUUGACUCCUCUAGUAAAUAACCAAAUCAGUCGAAAGUAUCGACAAUAGUUUUCAUGAUUACUUACUUCAAGGAUAGGUAACGCCUUGGUACAAGUAAAAAAAUCUCCAGCCUCGUUUGUUCAACUGGCCAAUGUGAAACUGACUGUGAGUGAUACUAGAUCGACUGGGUGGGUGUUGCAUCGAAUUGCACCAUGGGAUUGUUUUUGAGGAUGAAUUUUGACGCGUUAGCGUCACUAAAACAGUCCCACAGUGCUUUUCGAUACAGCACCGACCCAGUCUCUCGCGCAACUUUAAAAUGUUCAAGAUGACCUCAUUUUACUACAACUACCAGAAUCCUUCAGUUUGUUGUUUUCUUUGUGCAAAUUAGGGCUAUUGCUUUUUAAACCUCAGCGGAAUUGACAACUGAAUUUUAUUAAGAAAACAAGACGAAAUGAAUUCUGAUAGUUGCAGUCAAACAUCGUCAUCGUCAUCGUGAAAAUGGCCUAUUGAUCGUAAAUAAAAAUAUUAAAUUAUAAACAGCUGGUACAUGUUUUUCGCAUUUAUUUCCUUGGAGGCUUGAAAAGUCCAUUGAUGAAUUCUUAAUAAGUCUCCUGUUGAGAUUGGCUAGAGGGCUUACUGAAGCAGUUCAGUUAAUAACAAGAUGUUGAACCAGUUACGAAACUUUUUUGCAUCGCGCCCAAACAAUGACAACGUUGAUGAUGAUUGUGAUGAAGAUAACGAUGAUGGCUAUGAUGGAAAUUAAUAAACACCCAUUAAUUAUGUUAUAAAAAUGAUACUUUCUUAGCUGCUGGUGUAAUGUUGGCCGUAUUGGCGGGAGAACGUCCCUUUCUGUUGGUUUUGGCUGUGAAUACCGUCACGUGAUGGUACAUGAGAUUGGGCAUGCUGUUGGCUUCUGGCAUGAGCAAAGUCGGCCAGAUAGAGAUAAUUACGUUCAAGUAUUAAAGCAGAACAUACUUCCAGGUAAUUUAUUUACUUUUAUCCCUAAGUCAAGUCAAAAGCAGUUCCUGAGCUCACAGGAACGAAGGUAUGCGGCUCAUCGUGAUCGGCGAAAGCUAAGCAAAGUACUUUGCUUGUUCAAAGUUACAUCAAGCGCGCUGUUAAUUUCCUCGACUGUUUUAACGUUUCAUAAAAAAGGUCUAAGUGAUUAAAAACUGAAAAUGUUGUUGUUCAGUGUCGGCCACAUUUGCUGCUAAUGUAGUCAGUCAUAGAAAAUAAGCACAUUAGUUUGAGGAAUAUUCAAUGGCAGUUAUAUUUACAAAUAAGUAUUCUAUAUAUACACUCUGCCCAUGUUUCCACUUGUAAGCACAUGAAAAUGGCCUUAUAUGUUCGACCGGGAGGAGAAAAUGAGUCGAUCAUCUUUUUCUGACCCGGCCGCUGUCAGUUUUAAGCCAAUAUUUCCCCCAGUUCCAGCUUGUUCUUUAUCGAGUGUGAAGGAAUUGAGGCGUUUUGCGUGGUAGGGUAGGUUAGUCCUAUAUUACAGUACAGUUUGCAAUAGAAGUGAAUAAUAGUUAGAGUUAGUCAAAUUCGUGUCUGGAUGUUUAGAAAUCAGAGCUUAUAGUU